AUGAAAAGGCAAAAUGUGCGGACUCUUUCUUUAGUUGUUUGUACUUUUACUUAUUUGCUAAUUGGGGCUGCAGUUUUUGAUGCUUUGGAGUCUAAGGAGGAGAGUAGGAGGGAUGAUCUGCUUAAAGCUUCUUCCAACGCCCUUAAGACUAAAUACAACAUAACAGAAGACGAUUACCGUAUGAUAGAACUCGUUAUAAUAGAAUAUAAACCACAUAAAGCUGGUCCACAAUGGAAAUUUGCUGGGGCUUUUUAUUUUGCAACUGUUGUGUUGGCUAUGAUUGGUUACGGACAUUCAACACCAGUAACAGCAGGGGGAAAAGCUUUUUGCAUGGGAUAUGCCACAGUUGGCAUUCCUUUGGGUUUGGUGAUGUUCCAGAGUAUUGGUGAGCGUCUGAACAAAUUCGCAUCAGUCGUAAUACGACAAAUAAAAAAAUACCUAAACUACUCAAAAGUCGAAGCCACUGAAAUGAAUUUGAUGUUCGUAACCGGCAUGUUGUCUUCGAUUAUUAUUACAACAGGAGCAGCCGUUUUCUCGAGAUACGAGGGGUGGACGAACGCCGAAGACAUUCGCAGGGACGACCAGGAUCUGCAACCCUCCUCGCACAACGUCUUGACCCUGGACGGCGAGGUGAUGGCCGUGAACGGCAAACUCCUAUCCGGCCACACCUACGAAGAAAUGGACAUCGACCAGAUGUCAGUUUGCUCGUGCAACUGUCUCGGCUUAAACCACGGCGACAACCAAGAGCUCCUAUUGGAAAGCAGCUACCACCCGUCACAAAGCGCCAUUUCCGGCAACUUGAAAAUCAAGCGGGCAUCCGUUUGA